ACAACCAAGACCGGAGAGGGAGAAGAGAUGGCUAUCUUGAAUGUCCAGUACUUUAUGAUCCUAGCCAUUCUCGCAGUGAUCGGAAUUCUGAUUCCGAGCAACAAUGUAGCCCUUGGCCAAGAAUGCCAUGGUGACUUCCAAGGUUUAAUAGCACAAUGUUCCAAGUAUGUUCAGGUACAAGGGCCACAGACAGACCCAUCUCCCGACUGUUGCAAUGCAAUCAAGACUCUCGAUGUGCCUUGUGUGUGUAAGCAAGUCACUAAUGGCAUUGAAGCUCUCAUUGAUAUGGCAAAAGUGGCCUAUGUUGCUCAAUAUUGUGGCAUACCACUCGCACAUGGCACCAAAUGUGGAAGCUUCACCAUUCCAUGAAAAUGGUCACAUCAACACUCCCAAGUUAUAGCUAUGAGCUACUAAUUACUGGACUAGAAUAAACAUUCAAGUUGAUGUAUUGAAUAAUUAGCGAGGAUUUUAAAAUAUUCAAGUUGAUGUAUUGAGCUACUGUUUUUCAAAUGGCUUUUGUUAUUAAAGAUGCCUUGAUAUCUAUGGA